AUCCGACAAAACGUUGUGACCCACCGACGGAGGCAUGGCGGCUCAAAGAUACACCGCCAACAACGCCAACGCCAACAACGCCAUCGCCACCGUCUACACCUCUACCAGCAGAAGCGGUGGCAACACCACCACCACCACCAACGACACCGCCAUCAAAUCUAAACAAACUGUCAGCAUGGCCUGGCUUCCGUCUCUUGGUACCGUCGCCAUCACCACCACCACCACCACGACCACCACCACAGACGCCAGUGCCAGCACCAACAUUCUGAAGCUGAACGGCACGGUGGAAUGCCUACCCACAGACACGUGCGACCAGGGCGUCAGCUCAAUGGCCCUGGGCCUCACUGGGGGCAUCAUCCUCCUGCUGGCUGGGGUCGCCGGCCUGGGCCGCCUGCUGCACCAUUGCGUCAAGACGCGCUGCCUCCUCGCCUCCUCCUCGGGCUCCUCCUCAGACUCCUUCGACCUGCCCCCCUCCUCCGCCUCCUGCACCCCCUUGGGGCCGGCGUGGGACACCGUGGAGCGAGCGACGCUCGGGCACCUGGGUCCAAACGUCGGCGUCGUGGCUUCACCGUCGGCCACGGGGAUGUCGCCGGGAGGCUCCUUCGAAGGGGGCUUGCUGGGGAUUUCCCAGCUGAUCCUGUCACAGAGAGUUCUAGGGCAAAACGCCACGGGGACUCCAAGGGGAUCAUUCGCCGGGGGUCGGCACGGGAUGUCCCAGCUGACCCCGUCACCGGGCGUUCUAGAGCAGGGCAUCAAUAGGACACCCAGGGCUUCAUUGGCUGGGGACCUACCCGGGAUGUCCUUGUUGGCCCCCACAAUGGGGGUACUUGGGCCUGUGCAGAGCGGUCCGGCGGGCCACAUCACGCCGAGGGGGUCGCUGUCAGCACAAGGACGAGGUUCCAUCGAUGGAGGGGUCAUCCCCAUGCAGACCAUGAGACUCUAG